AUGUCUUCCGAAUUUGUCAAAAGUUUAGAAGAUAACUUGAAAUCCGGGAUUGAGAAAUUGAAAGACAAUGUGAUUACACACGAAGGGGCCCUUUCUGAGCCCUCACGACCACGGUCGGAUCCUGCGAAUCAGGUCAAGUCCUUGAGGCACUUCUGUGAUGGGUUGAUUUACAUCUCCGAAGGUCAUUUUGGUCGUGUCUUUACAUAUCCAUUACAGACUUAUGUGUUUAAAGUGGUUAAAAAUUUGGAAAGUGGCGAAAAACUGAGAGAAGAGUUCAAGUAUUACGAACAGGGUCAUUCAGUUAUUUCCAAGCUUCCGGUGUCCAAAAGUCGGUUUUAUAUACCCCGAGCUUAUAAUUUUCGCCCACCUUCACCGUUAUCUGGCAGAAUUGGAACUGGAAAUGAGGCUGAAAAGGGGACCUUGAAACAAAGAAAACCAGAAUCGAUGUGGCCUGACCUGAUCAAUCCUAUGAUGGCGAUAGAAUUGAUACCUUCUCUUCACCCAGUCAUCGGUGAGGCGUAUCAAGGUUUAUUCUGGUCAAAGGAGCUCCAAGAGGCACAAUCACAAACACAAAGACGAUCACAAUCACAAGGAAACGAAUUGGAACCAAGAGGGAACAAUAUCAGAUUAUUAAGAUUAUAUUUUGGAAGGGAAGACAUACCUUCGAAAACAGAAUAUUUACAUCCUGGAAUCAAGUCUGAUCCGCCUUUAGACAUCUCUCGUUAUACCCUUCUGUCUGAUCACUUGAAAGAGAAUUACGAUUUGAUAUUACCUAGUAUCAAAGAAGUUUGUAAGGGUAUGGGAGAGGUGCUAGCUUUGUUGCAUUGGAAAGUUGGGAUAAACUGCAGAGAUAUAGAAUUGGUCCUUGGUGGUUCAAAUACUAGACCUCAUGACGUCGCUCUUUACGCCAUGGACUUCAAUCAGUGUGCACGAUGGAUAAAACCUAAUGCCCUGAAAGAAAUUAACGAUCAUUGUCUUUCUGGUGUCUUACAAUCCGACUCUCAUGAUGUCGAGCUCCCUGCAGGCCUGACAAUAGACGAUUACAGCCAUAAUUCACUGUUGGAAGGAUCUAGAAGAUUGGCGAAAUUGAUCUACGGUCAAGAAUUAUAUUAUCCUCGACCACAUCAAACGGUCCCGGACGAUCACUUCAAGGCCAGCUACCGGAUCACCGUUGAAGAGGUUUUAGCAGAAUUCAGCGCCCUGAGUGUACAGCUUCAGGAAGCGAUAAGAGACGCCGCGAGGGCGUUCUUUUAUGAAUACGAAAGACUAGAUAAAGAAAAGAUGGAUCGAAAACAUCAUCUAGGGAGACUAAUGUGA